UCAGGCCUCCAUUUUUACCAGGACGUCUGCAGCAGCUGUCCACUGGUAUGUCAGCGGGAGCGUCACAGUGGUGAUACAGGGGUUCAGAAGUGAACUGAAGCGGCUGCGUGCAGUUUGAUCCAGGAAGGUUUACCCUCACUGUCUCCGGCCUGUCCAGGACCUGCAGCCCCACCACCAUGGCGGAUCAGUACCAGUACAACACCAACGAGGAGAAGAUUGUGAAGGACAGCCACACCAAAGAGAUCGACCUAAUCAACAGAGACCCCAAGCAGAUCAAUGAGGACGUGGUGAAGGUGGAGUUUGAGGACGUCAUUGCAGAGCCUGACGGUACACACAGCCUGGAUGGAGUGUGGAAGCUCAGCUACACCACCUUCACCGUGUCCAAAUACUGGUGUUACCGCAUCUUGUCUGCUGUCUUCGGUAUCCCUGUUGCUCUGCUCUGGGGCUUCCUGUUUGCCUGCAUCUCCUUCUGCCACAUCUGGGCUGUGGUUCCCUGCAUCAAGAGCUGUCUGAUUGAGUCACAGUGCAUCAGCCGCAUCUACUCUCUCUGCAUCCAGACCUUCUGUGAUCCCUUCUUCGAAGCCCUUGGCAAGAUCUUCAGCAGGGUGCGCGUAGUAAUGCGCAAAGAAGUCUAAGAACUCAAACAGUAGUGUUUCUAGUAUGAUCGGAUGAAGUGUGGUCUCUUUUUAUACACCAGAAGCUCAGUCCUGGCAUCUUGCUUACUUCUUGAUACUCCUCCUCUUCCCUACAUAACAUGCUGUUCUCCACCCACCCGUCCUCAAGCCCUCAGCACUGAGUCCUGACAUGCCUGGUGUGCCUUUUGCCACCAGAAGCUCUGCGACAGCUGCAGCAGGCAGCGUGGUUCUGUGACAGCUCUGGCACUCCUGGAGGGCUCCGUGCUCCUCACUGAGAGAGAAGAGGGCCGCUUGCCAUGGGGACGAUCUGUCUCCCCUCAUUCAUUUGUAUCACAAAAAAAUCUCAGAUAGUGGCUUCUCAUUCACAACAAAUGAAAACAACUCCCCAACACUGCUGCACCUUUGGAUGAUGCUGGCUGUAUGCAUUGCAUUUAGCUAUCCUUAAAAGUUAUGUUGAUGCUGUAUGUUGCUGUGUCCAAUACUGUUUUACUUUGUAUUGAUUGAAUUGAAUUUGACACUUAUAUAUGUAAACUUAACCUUAUUAGAAAAAAACCCUAACAGAAUGAAAGGAAUUGAAAAUGUCCAGUAUUUCUGUCCAGUAAUGUCUGAUUUCUUUAUGUAUUCAAAAAAUAUAUUCUGAUAUAUUUCCCUCUUAA